AUGGCCAGCAACGACACAGCUGCUCUUAAGCUACAUCUCCAGAAGUUAGCAAAGUACUGCAGAGUGUGUUCCAAGGUCCUGCAACUGAAAGAAACAGCUCAUUCCUGCAAUGCUAAUGCUGAACUACUACUCAAGAUCUUCAACAUUGACACCAAAACAGACAGCACAAAUGUACAUCCGAGAACAUACUGUCACAAAUGCCACACAACUGCAAAGAAGAUGGCUAGUGGGGAGGACGGAACAGCUACCUCUCUCUCCUUGCACGAUCUCCAGUGCAAACUCUGCGGAGCACUGGCGCCAGAUAUCUCCAGCGAACAUCGUACUGCAACCACCUACUCAGAAGCGACUCAAGACGGAUUAGCGCCACAUUUCCAUGGAUUUAUACUCACCAAAUAG